AUGGGGGGCCAGCGGGUGGUGGUGUUCGGCGGUAUAGACUCUGCUGGCUGUAGGCUGUCCGAUGCGUGGCUGCUAGACCUGGCGGAGGAGCCAAUCACGUGGCGACAGCUGGAGAUGGUGGGUGGAGAGGAACGGGGAGACAGUGGAGUAGAAGUAGGGAGGGGAGGGGAAAGCGGGGUGGAAGGUGCUGGGGGGGAGGUGGGAGCAUGUGGAGCAGAAGCGAGAGAUGGUGGUGGUGGUGGUGGUGAUGGUGCGGCUGUUGCUGCUGCUGCUGGUGGUGAUGAUGAUGCUGGUGGUAGCAGAGGCUGGUGCGGUGGUAGGCGUGGUGGUGCGGUGUGUGGCGGUGUGUGUGGUGGUGGGCGUGGUGGUGUGUAUGAGGCGGUGAGCGAGGGGCAAGCAAUGGGGCUGUUAGAGGGGAAAGGGAGAAGGGUGAACGGCCGGUUGGUAGGUGCGGACAUGAGGGAAAGAGGAGAGCAGGAGAGUGAAGUGUUGGGGGCUCGAGGGUUGUCGGGGGAUUAUUAUGUGGAGGGUUUGAGAGAGUGUGCGUUGCGUGGUGGGGGUGCGAGGAGUGGGGGAGGGCCAGCAGAGGAGGUAGGCGGCUGUAUCGGUGACCGAGGAGGCGAAGGUAGUGAGAGUAGUGGCGGGCAGACACGAGGGGGGCGAGUAACAGGAGGGUCAGGUUUGGAGAGGGGAGGCACAGGUGUGGAGAGGGGAGGCACAGGUGUGGAGAGGGGAGGCACAGGUGUGGAGAGGGGAGGCACAGGUGUGGAGAGUGGAGGCACAGGUGUGGAGAGGGGAGGCACGGGAGGAGACAGAGGAGACAGAGGCGACAGAGGAGACAGAGGAGGAAGAGGAGGUGAGAGAGGAGGAGGCAAGGAGACCCAGGUGGUUCCAACAGUUGCAGAGGGGGGUUGUGAAUGGAAGCCAAAGGCGGUGCCUGAAGCAGGGCAGACUGGAGUGGGAAGAGCAGCAGCGGCGGCAGAGAAUGCAGAGGUGGUGGUGCAGCAGCGAGUGGGGGUUCAGAGUCAACAACACAUACUUCCUGCUGCGGUUCCUUUGGACAGUGGGGCGGGGGGGGCGGAUGGGGAGGAGGAGGUGGCAGGGGACAGGGGGGAGGGGGAGGAGGCGGAGGGGGGCGGGGAGGGCGCGGAGGGGGGGGUGGGGGGCGGCAGGGAGGGGGUGGGGGACAGCAGAUUGUGCCUCGAGAGCACAGAGGAUGCGGAGAAUGAGCGCCCGCUGUGGCGCCCCUCCGUGUAUGCGCACUGGAAGUAUCUACCCUGUGACGUGGGGUCGGAUGUGAGUCCAGAGGAGGCUCGCCUGCUCGCCUACACACAGGCGGCUCAGGGCGUUCCCCUCCCCUCCAUUAUAGCAUCUGAGCGCGCCAUGCUCGCCAAUGCCGAGGCCACCCACGCUGCCUUCCGCUCGCGCCGCUACACCGGCCCGGUCCGUCAAAACCCUCCCCUCACCACCCCCACCACUGCAGCAGCAGCAGCAGCACCACCCUCCGCAUCGCCCUUCUCCUCCCCAUCCGCCUUCCCCCCGCCUGCCUUCGCCACGCCCUCCCCCGCGUUCCCCGGCCCUGCAUCCGCCCCCAGCGCCCCUCUAGGCGCGGGGGGCAUGCUGUUCGGCAAGGUAGUGUCGCAACAACCAGCGGCAGCAGCAGCGGCCUCCAUGUCUCUAUCACCAUUCGGUCCUACCCCUGCCUCCGCCUUCCCCCCGCCCCAACAGCAGCAACAGCCGUCGCCGUUUUCCUUCGGCAAAUCCCCUUUCUCGAGUGCCCCAUCUCCUUUCGCCAACGCCACCGCAUCUCCCCCCUCUCCUCUUUCCACCUCCCCCCCCGGCUUCCCCCAACCUGCUUCCGCGCUGCCCCUUCCUGCUGGUGGUGCUGCUGGUGUGGGCGGUGGUGAGGGUGAGGGUGGGUCCCCGUGGGCUGUAGCCAGAUGGAAGCUUGGAGAGAUACCAGAAGACGAGCCGCCUCCAGCUGUGUGUGUAUGA